CUUGAGCAUACAACUAUUUUGGAAAAUGCUUUCUACUGCCUCGUUGCUGCGUUUGGGCGGGAAAUCUGUUGAGACGACUUCCAGGUCACAAUGGGUGCGUUGCAUGGCAUCUGCUCCUAGCUCUCAGCCAUUCAAGCGUACAUCAUUGUAUGACUUUCAUGUUAAAAAUGGAGGGAAAAUGGUAGAAUUUGCUGGCUGGGAUAUGCCUGUUCAGUACUCUUCGCUGGGUGUUCUCGACUCUCAUCUCUGGACUAGGAAGCAUGCAUCCAUCUUUGACGUAUCCCAUAUGCUCCAAACCAGAUGGUCUGGCAAGGAUCAUGUCAAGUUCAUGGAGUCUCUUGUUGUCGGUGACAUUGCCGGUCUCCAGAUGGGAUCAUCUACUCUUUCCGUUUUCACCAACGAAAAAGGAGGAAUUAUUGACGAUACUGUUAUUAAUCGUCAGGAUGAUAAAGGUCUAUACGUUGUUUCCAACGCUGGUUGUGCUGAUAAGGAUCUUGCCCAUAUUCGCAAACAGCUCGCUGAUUUCCAGAACAAGGGCGGAGAUGUCGAUGUCAAGGUUCUUGACAAUGUUUCCCUGAUCGCAUUGCAGGGUCCUGAUGCUGCCACUGUGGUUCAGAGUCUAACCAAGGAGGAUUUAUCCAAAUUUGGAUUCAUGACGAGUCGCCACAUGGAUAUUGCCGGCGUUGAUGUAUACGCAUCUCGCUGCGGAUACACAGGCGAAGACGGCUUUGAAAUUUCCGUUGCCCACAAAGAUGCGGUCGCGUUGACUCAGAAACUGUUGGACCAUCCCCAUGUUGAGCUUGCUGGUCUUGGUGCCAGAGAUAGUCUGCGACUUGAAGCAGGUCUUUGUCUUUACGGACAUGACUUGAACGAAGACAUUACCCCUGCCGAAGGUGGUUUGACAUGGACGAUUGGAAAGCGUCGUCGAGCUGAAGGUGGAUUCCUUGGUGCAGACAAGAUCCUGUCUCAACUUAAAGUCACUGCCAAGGGAAAUGUCCAGCUUGAUGUUGCUAACCGUCGCGUUGGCUUUAUUGUUUCUGGUGCUCCCGCUCGUGAGGGAGCCGAGAUUUACGACAAGGUCAAUGGCACCAAAAUCGGUACGAUUACCAGCGGUUGCCCAUCUCCUAGCAUGAUGAAAAACAUUGGUAUGGGAUACAUUCAAACUGGAUUCCACAAAAUUGGUACAGAAGUUCAGGUCAAGGUUCGCAAUCGAUUCCAACCUGCAGUUGUUUCCAAGAUGCCAUUUGUUGCACACAACUAUUUCCGUGGUUAAAUACAAUGAUUACAUUAAGGAAAAGUUUCAAUUUGCUUUUGGGAUUCGUUGCAACUGAAAUACAAUGGUUUAGAUUCCUACAAUUGAAUUUGCAAGAUUGAUGGAUGAAUAAAUUACAUUUUCGAAACAUUACAGACAAG